UAUAAACCGCUCUAGUUCUCUACACUCGGUCAGUAAACGUUUCUCUAACAGACGGACCGAAUCUGAUCGACAUUCUGAGUGCAGAUUUGCUAUUCGUGAGGAAUGUUCGAGUUCGGGAGCCGACUGACCCACAUGUAUUUGUCCUCGGGGUCUGGUGACCCCGGGAGCUGCCGAAAAAACAAUGGCCCGUUAGCAUCUUCUGCUGGUUUGGACCAGAGUAUCAAAAGAGAGGAGAAGGUUCAGACUGUAAAGGAGUUUUUCCAGCAUGUACGCAAGCUUAGUGGGCUGAGGAAAGAAGACGUGCACUGUAACCUUCGAGUCCCGAAUCAGUUUCAGACCUCCAGAGAGGAGAUUAACCUCGUCAUUGUAACAGGUGCUGGUGUUUACUGUAUCGACGUAAAGCAAUGGACGGGAACGGUUUCAGCUCAGGCUUCCAACACCUGGCACAUCCAGGUUAAAGAGGAGGAGGAGAACUGCACCAACACAUCCAUCCAGCAGAUCUCUGACCCCCUGCAGACCAUCACGAUGAAGGCCAGAGAUCUGUGCAGUCACGUGCAGCGUUGUGGCGUAAACAUCAGACAGUCACUGUUCCUACCCAGAAUCCUUUUCCUCUCACCACACUGUCACCUGGAUGAAGAGCUGAGGAAGAGAAAGGAGUUGCUAGCCCACGAUGAGGUGGAGGGGUUCCUGCGGGGUCUCAGAGAGGGUUACGUGACCUGGAUCAGCGACUCUCUGACACCCUCAUGGAUCUCAGGUCAUUUGUCCUUCAAGCAGCUGGGGGCGAUCAGGAAGGUUUUGGGUGGGAUGGGAACCUGGGACCUGGUGCAGCUGAACACCGGAGCCGAGCUGAAGGGGGAUUUUCAGGGUUGCCAGCACCUCGCUGUAAACCGACAGGAAACUGACCUACUGGAGUUCAGCAGGGGGCAGAGCCCGGUUACUGACAUGCUGUGGGCUCUGCUGGGACACACACCACAGGUGACGGUGAAGAUGUAUAAGCGUGGAGCCCAGAGCUGGGUGGGUAAACCGCUGAGUGGAACAGCCACCAUCCCCUCCAACACACACAUUGUGUUUCGCAUCAGCGGUGAGGACAAGGACGCCAAAAUACCAGCCAACACCAUUCGCAGCAUCACGCUCAGCAUUUAAACACACACACACACACACACACACACACAGAGCUCUGUUACAUUAGCUAAUCAUUUUCAUUCAAUAUUUAAAGUGUCCACAUACUUUUAGUCGUAAAUUAUACGUCAGACCACAAGUGCUUUUCUCCAUGUCGGCUUGUUUUACAAACAUUCACCCUCGCUACCCAUGGCGUGACGUAUCACAGCUCUAAUUGCUCUCUCCGCCAAAACAGCAGCGGCUCAUCUCGACUCGUUUUCGGAAAACCCAAAUCAAUUUCUGACCCCCUGCAUUGUCAUCGACGCCGGAAAAAGCUCCCGAGAUCAACAGCCGGAGCACAAGCUACGUAAACGACGCUAAACUCGACUCGUGACACGACCACACUCUCGCUUUCACCCCGGCAAAAUAGAAAGCGCUCGCACUUUACGGAAAUGGGACAGUUGGGCUAAUUAGCUCGACGUGUUUUUUUCUGUUGUUUUGGAUGAGUCUGGUGCAGGCCCACGCUUUGAAGCGGCAAAUUAAUUAGCAAUCGUGGCGCUGAACUCGUUCAAGGAGCGGGACGGAUGAAAAUGCUAAUGCAGGUGUGAAAACUCCAACAUGACAGACUGUAAUUCAGUCCAGGUAGAGCUGCGAUGGGAACUGAUCUGCUAAAACAACCACUGAAUUUAUUUCUGUUUACCUUUAUUAUGAGUUUUAAACCCAGACAGGUUCCAGUUUAGUGGUUAAG